CCAACAAAUUAAAAUGGUUUUCAUAUUUCCAUCUCAAAUCUAAAAAAAAUAACUUAAAUUCGGAAAUUAUUAGGUAGGUAGGAUAAUAUGGAUGUUACUGACCUCGUUUCAGAUUCAAACAAAAUCUACGGUAAAUGUGACCGCGUCCGGUCCUGGUACAAGUAUGAGCAGCUCAAGUCGUUACAAAGAGACCAGGAAGAUGCCGCUAGACGGUUGAAAAGUAAAUCCUCCGUAGACAAAUUGUUACGGGAAGGACUAUCAGAGAGGAGGGUCAAAAGGAGACUGAGCGGUCAAUUCUCUUCUUGCCACAGUCAAUCUCAACUUAGCAAAAAGUCAGAAUUUACAACUACAAGUCUAGACAACUUCUUUAUAGAUCUUUGCGAUAAGGAAACCAAGCUGACCGGCUUCCGUAAUAGCCUUAAUAAAGAAAGCUUAAAAUCCCAUGAUCUAACUGACGAUGUUACUAGAGACAUCGUCGAUUUAAAAACGAAGGAUUUAGACGAAGCCGAAAUCAUGAGAGAUAUUGAAGACUUAGAACUUUACGAUGGAGAGAUGUCUGAGGAGAGUUUUGGUUCCUGUGACCUGCCGGUAGAAGCUAAUAAAUAUAAAUUAUCCAAGUACGGUUUAAACGCAGAUACUAUAAAGUCGACGUGGUCGAAAUUAGUGUCCUAUGCGCACCAAAUAAUGAACAUACACCACGGCAACUGUUACGUGGACUACAGUUCGCAGUUUCUGACGGCGGUCCUGGUGGUCGACGUGCUACGAAUGGUGGUCGGUAGAAUGUGUGAUAUUUUGCAGCCAUUCGUGUGUCCAAUUCAAUUUAACUCUGACGAUGUCUUCCUCACUGAAAUGAAGAAAAAACACACACAAAUAAGAAUAAAUCGCCUAAUCGAGUUUAAUUCGGCUUCAUCGUAUAGAAGUAACCCUUAUGACCACGAGAAUCGGCAAAACGAGCUGAAGUCUAGCCGUGUACUGCGCAAAUCCCUGUGCAAGUGUCGCUGUUUGAGGAGAUUCAUCCACAAUCUGUUCAAACUGUCACAUCUCGUCGACGACAUGCUAGACAACGUAGCUGACAGAAAUUAGAUAUUUUUUAAAUAAAAUAAACUUUUA